AUGGGCUGAAGGAGAACAUGGGAACGUAAGAGUUGUUGACAUAACCGAGACUUGAGUGACAAGGUUGCUGUGAGGCCAAUGAAUGGCGCUGAGGGCAGAGCUGCAGUGACGUCAGAGUUGUUGCUCCAACCUGCUCGUCCCUGACAUUUCUGCUCAGACAAGUACGCCGUCAGACUGCAAAGCUUGACUUGUCCGGAGUAACCGCGUGUCACUUUCACCCAGGUGAUCAUCUUCUCACCUCCAGAUAACAAGCCUGCGCUGUGAGUGACACCCAACAUGGCCGUGCAGGUCAACAUGUGUCCCGUGAGCGCUGUCAUUGGCUGCUUCACUGUGAUGGGGGCUCUCCUGCUGCUCCCCUCCGACUGGAUCAGCACCGUCUUGGCGGUGCUGGGACUCUGCCUGUUCUGUGGAGGCUCCUGGAAGUUCAUCUUGGUGGCUCUGUGCACCUGCAAACGGGACUUUUCAUGUCUGCUGGUUUUACUGCGAGUGAGGUUGGCCAUAUACCAGAACGCAAGGAGGACCAUACCAGACUUGUUUGCCAAGAUGGCAGCACGGCACCCGGACAAGCCUGCCCUCAUCUACGAGCCCACAGGAGAGGUGUGGACUUUCAGGCAGCUGCAGGAGCAGUGUCAUGCAGUGGCCCACUGGGCGCUGGCACAAGGGUGGGCGGAGGGAGACGUGGUGGCCUUGUACAUGGGAAGCCGUCCUUCCUUGGUGUCCCUGUGGUUGGGUCUGGCAAUGGUGGGAGUGGAGGCCGCGCUCGUCAACUACAACCUGCGACUGAAUUCCCUGCAGCACUGCGUUAAAGUGUCUGGGGCCCGCGCACUGGUGUUUGGGAGCGAGCUGCGGCAAGCCGUGUUUGAGAUUAGAGGGUCAUUGCACUCCAACAUGGUUUUGUUCUGCAGCGGCGAACAAUCCGAAGAGGAGACUCCAGCCGAUUUCAAAGUUGAGAGUCUGGAUGAACUGCUGGCAUGUGCCCCCAGGCGCCCGCCCAGUUGCAUGCUGAAAAAGACAUUCAAUGACAGACUGUUCUACAUUUACACAUCUGGUACGACAGGAAUGCCAAAGGCAGCCGUGGUGGUGCACAGUCGCUAUUUCCGUAUUGCUGCCUUUGGUUACCAUGCUUUUGGUCUACGAGGUGAUGACAUCAUCUAUGACUGCCUUCCUCUAUAUCACUCUGCAGGCACGAUCAUGGGUGUAGGUCAGUGUUUGCUGUUUGGUGCAACCGUCGUCAUCAGAAGUAAGUUCUCAGCCAGCAGGUUCUGGGAUGACUGUGUCAAACACAAUUGCACUGUAAUCCAAUACAUUGGAGAGAUUUGCCGCUACCUUUUGGCCCAGCCGGUACGUCCAUCUGAGGGGCAUCACCGGGUCCGCAUUGCUAUUGGUAACGGUCUCCGUCAAUCCGUGUGGGAGGAGUUUGUUCAGAGGUUUGGAAUCAAACAUGUUGGAGAAUUCUACGGUGCUACGGAGUGCAACUGUAGCCUCGUCAACAUCGAUGGAACGGUGGGUGCAUGUGGUUUCAACAGCCGCAUCCUGCCCAGCUUUUACCCCAUCAGGCUGGUGAGGGUGGAGGAAGACAGCAGAGAACUGCUGAGGGACGCACGAGGACUCUGUAUACCAUGGGAACCAGGAAUGUUGGUGGGCCGCAUCAACCAUAAGGACCCGCUCAGGAGGUUCGACGGCUAUGCUGAUGACGAUUCCACCAAUAAGAAAAUAGCACACAGCGUCUUCAGGAUGGGGGACUCUGCCUAUGUCUCAGGUGAUGUGUUGGUGAUGGACGAUUAUGGCUACAUGUACUUCAGGGAUCGCUGUGGCGACACCUUUCGCUGGCGAGGGGAGAAUGUUUCCACUACGGAGGUGGAAGGAGUCCUCAGCGGCCUGCUGGGACACACCGAUGUCGCCGUCUAUGGAGUUUGUGUGCCAGGUGUGGAAGGUAGGGCCGGUAUGGCAGCAAUAGCGCAUACAGGAGACCACUUUGACCUGGAUGCCUUCUUGAUUGCCGUACAAAAAUCCCUCGCCCCCUACGCUCGCCCUGUCUUCCUGCGACUCACGCCAGCUGUGGACACUACAGGAACCUUCAAGAUUCAAAAGACACGUCUGCAGAAGGAAGGUUACAAGCCGCAAAACUCAGAAGAAAAGAUCUAUUAUCUAAACAGCCUUGUUGGGCAUUACGAGGCUGUUACUGAUCAACUAUAUGACGCCAUCACGGAGGGACGUGUGCGACUAUGAAACUACCUUCAAGAGUUUGUGGAAAUACCAACUGUGCAAGUAAUGACCAUAUAUUACUUUUUUGCAAUCAAACAGAUCUCAGGUGUCAUGCAUCAUGUCUUAUCCAAUUUAAACGCAGUACUCAUGUGUGAAAGUUUAUGUGAAAGUUUUACACCGUGUGAAAGCAUGGUGACAUUUGUCAGAACUUUUGCACUUUUCUAAACAAAAAUAAAUACUGACUAUUUUGAUUUAAAAAUA